AAAAGGCUGUGUGCACUCGCUAUGAUAGCUAAUAAGUGAUCUUUGGCAAGAGGACUGUGAGAGGAGUGGUAAUAUUUAAUAGGUUUCUGUGGAGGAGUUAGUUCGCUUUUUUCUUUGUAGAUCAUAAUCUGCAGAGAGAGGCUGAGGGCAGCAACACCAUGUUGAGAGCAGCAUAGGCUGAGCAAGAGCCCGGAGCUCUGCGUAGUUCCUUGGAGGCGACUUGGAAGGGAGUCAAACUAUCAUAGGGCUAUAGCAGACCUUAGUAGCAAGCUUACUUGGGAGGCAUGGCUCAGCAGACAAGCCCGGACACCCUGGCUGUUCCUGAGGUGGAUAAUUCACAUUGUCAAAAUCUGUGGUUAAAUGAAGAUCUUGUGAAGACCCUGAGGGAAAACCUCUUGCAAUAUGAAAAGUCUGGGGCAUCUAAGAAAUCUUCAUCUGCUUCUCCUCGCUUAUCUCCAGUUAUUUCUCCUCGAAACUCUCCCAGGCUUUUACGCAGGAUGCUUUUGAACAGCAACAUACCAAAGCAGCGGCGUUUCACUGUGGCACAUACCUGUUUCGAUGUGGACAAUGGUACGUCAUCGGGACGAAGUCCCUUGGAUCCCAUGACGAGCCCUGGAUCAGGACUAAUUCUUCAGGCAAAUUUUGUCCACAGUCAACGUAGGGAGUCUUUCCUUUACCGGUCAGACAGUGACUAUGAUCUUUCUCCGAAGUCUAUGUCGAGAAACUCCUCUAUUGCCAGUGAUAUACAUGGAGAUGACUUGAUUGUGACACCAUUUGCUCAGGUGCUGGCCAGCCUGCGUACUGUACGGAAUAACUUUGCUGCAUUAACCAAUUUACAAGAUCGGGCACCCAGCAAACGGUCACCAAUGUGUAACCAACCAUCUAUUAACAAAGCAACUAUAACAGGAAUAUUUGUAAUGCAGAUUGUGCAGUCUUUCCUGCUGAAAAUAUUCUUCUGGUCAUACUGUUCUCAGAGUUCAUGUCAGUGAGUAUCCAGAGUAAUGCACUAGACAGGACCCACCACAUCACCCAGAUGGCACAGCUUGCAAUCUCAGUGAGAAACAACCAUGAGCCUUACAAUCUGGGUGACUGGAAGACACAGUUUUACUAAACAAUGUCAAUGCUGAAACAGAAUUAUACACAUAAGGUGGAAGGUUUAACUUGCUAAGAGUUAUCUUCCAGGAAAAGCAGAAGUGAAGCAAAGGCGACCAUUGCAGAUGGUAUGGGGAAGAUGAAAAGGGAAAGAUAAAAAUGGAUUAAGUAAAGCAAAGUAACAGAAAUAGCAAGAGAAAAAUUCUCCCGCAGUGAUCAGAAAGUAUUUUCUGCUAUUUUAAGAAUUUGUCUCAAGGUAGAAACGUGGGAGAAAAUGCAGUAGUAAAAAAUAGGAAACUGGAGUUCAUAGCUUCUUAUUGGACUUGAGUUAUAGCCUUUACAGGCAUGGCUCUGGAUCUUAAAUCUAGCAGAAAUUGGUAUCAUUUUUAUUGAAUUGAGCUUCUUGCAUGUUUUUCAUAGUCUUUGUCUAACACAAUUCAUGGUUGGUACACGUUAGCUACAGGCUUCCCAGGGAAAUUUAUGGUUUUGAAGCAUCAUCUGCCAGUCUUUGGUAUAGUUUUUAU